AUGCCAAGCGCCCUCCGCACCUUCACCCUCAACUUCGUCGGCGACGUCAUGCUCGGCCGCCUCGUCGACCAACUCUGGCCCCAGCACGUCGACAACGCCCACGAACGCCGCAUCGUCUCCUACUUCAUCGAGCGCUACCCCUACCUAAGCAACUACACCCACCGCGACCCCUGGGGCUCCGCGCUACCACUCUUCCAUAACUCCGACCUCAACCUCAUCAACCUCGAAACCUCAGCAACAACCACCAACGACCCCUGGCCCAGUAAGGCCUUCAACUACCGCAUGCACCCUGCGAACGCCGCAGCCCUGCGCGAAGCCCGCAUCGACUACGCCAGCCUCGCAAACAACCACACCCUCGACUUCGGCACAGACGGCCUAGUCGAGACAGUCUGGACGAUGAAGGAGUCCAAGAUCGCGUUCGCGGGAGCCGGCGAGACAACAGACGAGAGCCGGCGGCCGGCAGUCCUGCAUCUUCCGCGCUGCGCAGCAGCCGCGCAUCACGGACACGCACACGCACACGCACAGGACGACCACGACCAACCGGGCAACUCAUACAGCGUGCACGUCUGGUCGGCCUCAGACCAUCCGCGCGACUGGGCCGUCGUGCCCAACUUCCACCUAAUCGACUACUCAACUCGAACAAGAGAGCGCUUGCGCACCCUGCUGACUUCACCUUCGUCCGACACGCCCGGGAAACCCGCCCUCAAGGUCUUCUCCGUCCACUGGGGACCAAACUAUACGUGGCAGCCGGCGGACAAGAUCCGCUCGCUGGCACAUUUCCUGAUCGACGAGUGCGGCGUGGACAUUGUGCAUGGCCACUCCUCGCACCAUGUGCAGGGUGUCGAGCGGUACCGGCGGAAACUCAUCAUCUACGGGUGUGGGGACUUUGUGGAUGAUUAUGCGUUGAACGAGGAGUAUCGGAAUGACCUUGGGGCUGUGUGGAGGGUUUGCGUGAGGGAGGAGCAGGAUGAGGAGAAAGCUGACCCGGAGACUUGCAGGUUGGUGUUGGAUCGACUGGAGAUCUAUCCCACUCGUUGCGAUCGUUUCCAGGUGACUUUGUUGGAUCCGGACGAUGAUGAUCAUCUUUGGGUGAAGAGGAAGAUUACCAGGUUGAGCGAGGAUAUGGGGACCAAGGUCCGUCAGGAUCUAGGGAGAGAGCAUCAGGUCGUACUGGACCUGCAGGAUUGA